ACCAGAUCGUCCCAUAAACUCCAUAGAUAUCACUCCUCGUAGAUAUUUCUACAGAGAUUCUUAGUAUUACCUUCGAGUUCCGUGGACCCCACAAACCAACCGCCUUCUUCCAUCUCUGUCUAUAUAUAUACACACACACACACAUUAACCUUUGAUUGUCAUUUCGUUCUGAUUUGAAAUUCUCAGCCAGAGCCUCAACAUCACCAUACAGAGACUCAGAGAGAGAUUGAUAAUUUUCCGAAUUUGAAUUCUGGGUUUUGGAAUUUCAAUUUUCUGGGGUGAUGGGUAUGGAGUCCGAUGAGAGAUCGCCGUCUUAUUACACCAUUCUCGGCGUCCCUACGCACUCGCCUGAUGAUGAAAUUCGCCAUGCCUACCGUAAGCUUGCUAUGCAAUGGCAUCCCGACAAGUGGACGAGAGCCCCUUCUCUGUUGGGUGAGGCCAAGCGUAAGUUUCAACAAAUUCAAGAAGCUUAUUCAGUGUUGUCGGAUCGGAGGAAGAGAACAAUCUACGAUGCAGGCUUGUAUGAUCCUCAUGAAGAAGAGGACGAGGACUUCUCUGAUUUUCUGAAAGAAAUGGUGUCUCUUAUGGACCAAGUCAGGAAAGAGCAGAACAAGUGCUAUAGCAUGGAGGAGCUACAGAGUAUGUUCAUGGAGAUGUCACAAGGUUUUGAGUUCCCCAAGUGGUCUGAUUCUCAGUGGCCAACCUAUGAGACCACACAGUUGUUCUGUGGUCCUUCAGUAGGAGAUGGGUAUGGUAGAACAUCGAAGAGAGCUCGGUCCGAGGCAAGUCCAGUGGGUGAUAGAGGCUCGCACUUACAUCAUGUACCAGGCUUGGGGAUGUAUGGGAACAGCCAGAUGAGAACAGUGACAUAGCUCAGGCUUUGAUAGAAAGGAUGAAAACAAUUUUUUUUUUUUUCUUCAUAUGUUUGAACUCCAUGGCACCAUGUUUCUUUUUGGCGCCAAAAAGAUGAGAUUUUAUCAAUCAAUCAAUCCUUUUUGUGAAUAAAAGUUGAGUUGGUGAAAUUCUCUGAA